ACAGAAUUGACUCCCGAGGAGAGAGCCCAAAAGAUUGCCAAAGCCAUGCGCAAACAGUCUUCUGAAGUCAAAGAGAAGUGGGAAAGUCUAAAUGCUGUUACGAGCAAUUGGCAAAAGCAAGUGGACAAGGCGUUGGAGAAACUCAGAGACCUGCAGGGAGCUAUGGACGAGCUAGACGCUGACAUGAAGGAGGCAGAGUCUGUGCGGAGUGCCUGGAAGCCAGUGGGAGACUUACUCAUCGACUCGCUGCAGGAGCACAUAGAAAAAACCAUGGCAUUUAGAGAAGAAAUUGCACCAAUCCACCUAAAAGUUAAAACAGUGAAUGAUUUAUCCAGUCAGCUGUCUCCACUUGACCUCCAUCCAUCCAUAAAGAUGUCUCGCCAGCUAGAUGACCUUAACAUGCGAUGGAAACUUUUACAGGUUUCUGUGGACGAUCGCCUUAAACAGCUUCAGGAAGCCCACAGAGAUUUUGGACCAUCCUCUCAGCAUUUUCUUUCUACUUCAGUCCAGCUGCCGUGGCAAAGAUCCAUCUCACAUAAUAAAGUGCCCUAUUACAUCAAGUAAGUUGAUUUUCAUUCUGUUUUAUGAUACCAAGAAAAUAAAGUUUUAUUGAUAACUUAAGAGGCUUCCCCACCCCCAUAACUUUUAAAAAUGGAAUUCAGCCCUAUUAUCUGAAUUAAACCACAUAUAUUUAAUAGUUGAAAGAAAUUAGUUUAAAAAUUAGAGUGAUAUUUGUCAUUUAUUAGGUUAGGGCUGGGCUAUAGGUGUGUUUAGCAGAUACUUUGUAAAGCAGAGAUUAGAAUAUUUGGAAAAAAUGGCAAUUUUCAAAUACUCUUGACAUGAUCUUUCUGUAACUGUACGAUUCUAAGUCAUUUUUCUUUCUCUCAGUAAAUUCAUAUAAACUUUCUUAUUCCACCAAAAAGAAAUAGUGAUUUAUCAUGAAAAAGUUAAAUAUUGGUCAAGUGUUUUUUUGUAUUAUGGAAAUUAUCUGCACUAUUAGUGUAGACCAAUCAUUCUUUGUUUUUGUUAACAAAUUGGUUUCUCUUUCUUCUAUGCUGUUUCUUUUUAUUAUGUGACAUUUAAUAAAUUUAGUGUAAUUUACACAGGGUGUUAGUAAGACUUAAUCCUUGGCUUAGUUGAUAUAUUGUCAUGGGACAGAAUGAUAAAUACUACUUCUACAGUCCCUUAAAAUGUAAGUCAUUCAAAUGUAAUGCUAUUGAUUUACAACAUGAUUUAGUAAUAAGAGUCAUAGUCGACCCUAUUUUAUAUGUAAGGUGAACAGCAUAAUCAUGUAAACACUUACUGAUCAAGAAACAGCUCUGUCACAGGUGAGCUAUGUGACCCUAGGUAAGUUAGAUGAAGAUCUCUGGGCCAAGUUUAUUUUAUAUCAUUCCUAAAAUAUGGUGUGGUAUCUCUAAAAUCUAUGCCAAUACUAAUAAUCUACUUUUCCAAUAUACCUCUUCCUAAAAAAUCUGAAGUCAAUGUUAGUGAAAUAGUAUUUUCUUUUGAAGUUUUUAUUGUAGUCUGAGAUGUAUCUUCAGGGUAAAAAAAAAUUGUUGCCAUAAUAUAAUAUAUAGAAAGUAUAAUCAGCAAUAUCUGUUACAUUGUCUGUGGGAAUUUGAUACUUUUAUCAGUAUACAAUCUACAAUGUCCUGACUUGUGAUAAACUUGAGAACAAGGUAUCAAACUAGUUGAUGGUGUCACAUUUGUACAAGCAUUGGGAAAGAGGUCAGAGGCUAGGCAAGUUGGCAUGUCUCUAUUAAAAGAAGAUGUGAUAAUCUAACCCAUAUUUAAAAUCUUUUUUGUAAUUUUUACAUUUUUAUUCCACACUAUAAUAACAAUAACAACAAUAAUAAUAGCAAUAGUAUUAGAGAAUUUUAAUUUGCUUGGGUGAGUAUUGACUUGAAUUGAAUAUUGCGGUUUAGAUAUAAAUCUGAUGUGCUGUGGGAGGUAGAAUAAUAACUCCCCCUCACUCCCCAAAGAUGCCCACCUCUCUAUCCCUAUAACCAGUGGAAAUGUUAGGCUGCAUAGCAAGGGAGAAUUAAGGUUGCAGAUGAAAUCAAGGCUGGGAAUCAACUGACUUUUAAUUAGGGAGAUUGUUAUGGAUUAUCCUGAUGGGUCCAAUGUAAUAUCAAGGGGCUUUAAAAGUAGAAGAGGAUGGCAGAGGAGUGAGGGAGAGAUUUGGAGAUGACAGCUGCUGGCUUUGAAAAUGGAGGAAGGGGACCAUGAUCCUGGGGUGCAGGCAGCCUCUAUAAGCUAGAAAAGGCAAGGAAAUGGGAUUCUCUCUUAGAACCUCCAGAGAAGGAGCACAGCCCUACCAACCUUGAUUUUAGCUCAGAAAGACUUUUUAUGUAGCAGCAAUAGAAAACUAAUACAUGGACUAUACAAAAAUCAAGACACUUCAUGCAAAUUAACUGAAAUUAAUUAAUUUACUGAAUUGACGUAGGAUCCUGAAUCAUCUGAUUUUUUUAAAAAUGCAAACUGGAUUCAGUAAGGCAUAUUUUUUGUUUUACUUAAUAAAGAAAAUAUUAAAUUUUCUGGCUUGAAUAUGUUUGUUUAUGCUAUGGUUAUCUGUUUGAUUUGACACUUUAAAGUCCAUCCUUAAUUUUAGCUCUACUAUUAAAAGGAAUUUCUGUAUGUCCAGGUCAGUUAUCAAAUAUAUAUGACUGAGAAUUAAGUUGUCUAAAUCAGAAUUUCUCUAUUUAGAGUGUUUAUAAUUUGGUAUGAUCUGGUAGCAUUGCAUUCUUGCUCAGCCUUUGAAUUCUUAUGGGGCAGAUUGGUGGAAUAAAAGCUAAUUUUAUCUGGCAUCCCAUUGACUGGGGCACUAUAACCAGCACUGUCAAAUAUAUAUAAUACAGUGAUGACCAGUAUUUUAAAUAAUGACCUUUGGGACUAUAGCACCCUAAAAUAUCUUUUUCAUUACAAGUAAAAGAUUUGACUUUCUUAAACAUAUAUAAAUUUAGUGUUAAAUGUCUUUUAAGUCUUUCAAAUAUUUAGAUGUUUGCUCAUUUGUAUAAAGCAAAUUCUGCUUUUACAAAACUUGUUAAACCAGAAUUUUUUAUUACUUGCUCUGUUGUGUAAUUUAACAGUUUAUUUCCUCAUAAAGAAGGAACAUCAAGCUCCGAAGGUAGAGUUAUAAAAGCCAGUAUUUCUGGAUGAAGAAUUGUUAUGAAAACAAAAUUUAAUUCCCAAAUUAAUGAGCAAGUAAAUGAUGAAUGAAAAGGCUUUUAAUAUAUACUCCCCUUUGCAUGGCUGCACAAGUAAGUAGAAGAAAAAUGUUAAAAACAAAUUUAGCAUGAUUGUCAUGCAACUAGAAUUUCCUGGACAAAUUAGAAUGUAUUAAGUUGCCAAGAAAAAAAUAACCUUCAGGUUAUAUGUUUAAAUAUACAGUUUUAUGUACUCUACUGCUAGAAUAUAGCAAGAAAGUCGAAAGGAGAAUAGGAAGG